UACCCGUUGCCAUGGUGACCCUCGCGGCCUACAUUAGGGCCUAGUGAUGGCGCAGUGGCGGCCGGCGCUGGGCCGGGCCCUGGAGCGGCAGCGGGAGAGGGAGGCGAAGAACCGGCUGCAAUGGGACACGUACAACCGCUCCUUCCAGCUCGCCGCGUUCUCCUGCUCCGCUCAGGCCCGUUGGAGCGAGCCGCAAAAUGCGGGCGGCACGAGCACGGGGCGGGGUGAGGAGGAAGGGAUGAGGAAGCGCAGGGAGAGACUGAGGGAGAUGCUGGGCGCUGAGCGGGACGCGCUGGAGGCUGAAAUACAGGCCGAGAUACGAGCGGAGCCCGGCGGGAUGGAGGAACAUGGAGGGAUGAGGAAGCGCUGUGAGGAGCUGAGGGCGGCACGAGAGGAGAGAAGGAGGCAGGUCGCCGAGAAGCUGCUGCGGGAGAGAUGGAAACAGAACAGCGAGGAGCUGAGGGAGGUGGAGUCAGAGCUACACAAGAAGAACGUGGUGGAGUCCUGGGGUGAGCAGCUGAAGCAGAAGCAGCAGCAACAAGCAACGGAACGAGGAGAGAGAAAGCUUCUUGAAAAUGAAUGUGAAAUGGCACGAAGGGAAGCUGAGGAAAGAAUGAGACAAGAGGAAGAGAAACGUCAGCUGGAGAACAAGAAGCAAGGGGAGCUGUUGCUUCAACAGAUAGAAGAACUGAAAUUACGGGAGGCAGAGGCAGCCAAGCUGAAGAAAGAGCAAGAGGAUUUAUUAAAGCAGCAGUGGGAGCUGGGAAACUUAGAAGAAGAAAGAAAGCAAAUGGAAGAGCGCCGGAAGAAGACUGAGCUUGGUCGCUUUUUGUUGCAUCAAUAUGAUGCCCAGUUAAAGAGACGAGCCCAGGAGGUACAGGACGAGCUGGAAACAGACAGACAAAUCUUAUUAGCCAUCCUUGAGAAAGAAGAGGAGGAUCAGCGCCACAAGGCUGAAAAACGAGAGCGAGCUGUUGCAGACGCUGCCUGGAUGAGAAAUGUCAUUGAGGAACAGCUCCAGUUAGAAAAGGAGAGGGAGGCAGAGCUACAGGUUAUUUAUAGGGAAGAAGCUAGAAAAAUGUGGGAGAAGAGGGAAGAACAAUGGGCAAAGGAGAAGAUGGCCAGAGAUCGCCUGAUGAAUGAGGUCCUCGCAGGCAGACAGCGCCAGAUCCAGGAGAAGAUGGAGUUAAACAGACAGGCCCAAGAAGAGUCUAUAAAGUAUCGAGAGCAACUGAUUAAAGAACUUGAGGAGGCAAAGGAACUGACAAGGCGAGAGAAAGAGCAAGAGAAGGAACGGAAGAUAGCUCACAGACAGGACUUGGAAGCUCAGAUGACAGAACAGCGCUUAAAAGAACAAGCGGAGCGAGAACGCCAGAGGGAGGAGGAUGAGGAGGAGAGAUUAAACAAGCAGCGCUGUGCGGAGUUACUGCAGCAGGAAGCCAGGAGCAUGGCUGAGCAGGGCUACUGCAGCAGGUAGCAGUGCAGCAGGGAAGCCUACAAGUCAUCCUAAUGCUCAGAUGCAUCAGAGGAAGGAUGACAGUUUCAAAUGUGAAACUAAAUAUUAUCAGUUGUUAAAGUUCUUGCUGCAGUGCAUCUCUGCUGUUCAAUCUUUUCCUUGUCUGUCGUGCUGAAAACGAAUCUGAAUUUGAGUUGCUCUGCUUAACUUCAUGCCCAGAAGACCAUGUUUCUCAUACUAAACUAGGAACAGGCAACUUACCUCUUUGUCAUUUAAUAGAUAGUAGCUAGAAGAGCCUGAGAAAGCUGGAAGGUGAUGUUACUGCACUAGAGCAUCAACUAAGAGGGACUUAUUUUUCUUGGAAGAUCAUCUGUAUUUUCUAUCACGUAUUCUUUGCCUGCUGGAUAGCAUGUGUGCAAGAUUAAUGGUAAAGCUCAUAAAGUAGCUACGAUUUUCUGUUUCA